AUGCAAUGGACAACCGGAGAUGCUAGUGGAGGGGACAGCUCAACAGGGCUAGGAGGCAUACCUGCUCAGGUAGGUUUUGAUGCUGGUGACGGCGAACAUUAUUAUGCUGUACAAGGAUCUAGAACCUCUGAUAUUAUAAAUGUUCCACAGAAAACAAAUAUUGGAAUUGCAGGAAAAUUUAUAUUUCGUGUUGAUAUGAUUACAGUAGAACAGGCUACAUUGAUCAAUGAAUGUGAUAACCAGAUAUGUCAAAAUGAAGGAACUUGUGAAGAUUUAGACGGGUUAUCGAGGUGGCGCUGUAACUGUCUGCCUGGAUUUACUGGUAUACAUUGUGAAACAGAUAUUAAUGAGUGUGGGAGUAAUCCAUGUAUGCACGGAGCAACAUGUAGAGAUAAGGCUAAUCAUUAUCUGUGCGAUUGUCAGUCUGGAUACAUAGGUGAUAUUUGCCAAAUAGACAUUGAUGAAUGUCAGAGCAAUCCAUGUUACAACAAUGCUUCAUGUAUUGAUAAAACACCCGGAUGGGAUUGUGCCUGUUUACCUGGGUAUACCGGAAUCAGAUGUCAGACAGAGAUAGACGAAUGUCAAAGUAAUCCAUGUGAAAAUAAUGGAACAUGUGUGGAUCUUGUCGAUGGUUAUGAAUGUCUUUGUACAAAUGAAUCAUCCGGACUGCACUGUGAAAAAUUAUUCUUUGUGAGAAAUAUCAGUUAUUAA